UAGACACGUCCGCGAGCACCGGAAAUUUCACAUUCACACGAACGUAUUUUAAGAUGUCCAGUUACACAUCUUUAGUUAUUAUCCAAUUGCAAUUUUGCACAUCAGCUAUCGAUUAACUAGGUCAAACUGAUCGCUAUCCACGGUAUUUCACAGGAAACUGUCCAUAAUUCUCCCUAGACGGAUAUUUGUAGGUAUUCGAGUGUCAGUUCCUUUAAUUAAUAAAUAUCAUAAAGUCGAAACAAUAAAAUGAAUUAGAAAAUAUUUCUUUUUUUACUUUUGUUUUUUAUUCUUUAUAUGCAUUUAUGUAACUUACUCUCGGUACUGUCUUUCCAAAGCAGGAAUUCCUUUUUGCAAAAAUCGACCGCGGAAACGACGUUCUUGAAGCCACAUCGAGCAACACCUAUCUGAUAAUGCCCAGACGUCCUGUGUACGCACGAAAUUUUUAAAUAUCUGCGGUUGAGCGUACGGAAUUUCGUUUGUCGGUUCAAGCGAUAGAGUGCGGCCGCGAGUUCACCGUACGAUAGCGAAACAAAUGUCACGAUAAUUUGUCGCCGAGAAUGAGAGCGAACAUAGUACGGUGCGUAGAAUGUGAUUACACGCGAAUAACUACUAAUAGUUUGGUAUUACACAAUGUACCGCAUUAUGUCUGGUACUUUUUCUGUAUAUCUUAUCUGCAGACUCUGCAUAUCUGACCCUUGUGGCUUCACUUCCUUCCUUCCUCCGCAAGUAAUGACUAAGAAAUGCGAAGGAUGAGACUGUGAAGUGGGAUGGAAGUCAAGAACCACCGCUGCUGAUUGCACUUGAAUACUUUUACAGCGGGCGAAGCGACAACUUGGUUCCGGCGUUCCAUAACGCGGCCCCAUAAUGAACGCAGAAGAAGACACUCAGUGAUCAGUAAUCAGUGAUCAGUGACGUUUGAUGUAUAUCUUCGACAUCGCAAGCUCAACAAUAAAGACACAAAGCGUCUGUAAAAUUGGAAACAAGUGUUUAGUGUUUUAAUCGUCGGGCAAUAAAGAGCAAUAAAAUGAGUAGACCAGGAAGCGCGGACGCUGGCAAGGAUUGGUACGAGUGUAUCAAUUGGUUGACGAGAUGCGGUGUGUUGGGAGCAGAUCACAAGGCCAAUGGACCAGAUGCGACCGCAUUUGAUCUUGCUUAUGUGUUGCAAGAUGGUGUUCUGUUGUGCAAUCUGCUGAACAUCAUGCACCCAGGAAGCAUAGAUGUGAAACAUGUGAACCAAAAACCACAGUUGGUUCAGUUUCUUUGCCUGCGCAACAUUAAAAUGUUCCUGACGGUGUGCUCGAACGUUUUCGGUCUAUCUGAGUCGGAACUGUUCGAACCAGCUAUGCUGUUUGACUUGUCUAAUUUCCAUCGCGUUCUCUGCACGCUCUCUGCCUUAUCGAAUUGUUCGCGAUUCAGACGAAAUAGUAUAUAUGGUUUUUCCAUUGGUCAUGUAAAAUCGCAAGAAAAUAUAAAUUCAAGCUAUGAGGAAAUAUACCAGAGAAUUAGGCUACACGAUUAUGAUGACGCAGACUGCAGAAUAAAAACUUGUAUCUUCGAGGAGGGCGAGUAUAGCACUUUUUACAGCUACCCUCAAAGCGAGAAGAUUUACCAGAAUGUCUGUGGUUUGCAUCUGUCGCCUCCUCCGUUUAUUAUGCAGAGUGAUGCCGGAGGCAAGAAGAGGGAUUACGUGAUUCAAGAACUCGUAGACACCGAGCGAAACUAUAUGGAGUUUCUCAAUAGUCUGCUUAAACAUUUCGCCCGACCGUUAUCAUCGCUAUUGCGACCCGAGGAUUCCGCCCGUAUCUUCUUCGGCCUCAAAGAACUCUCCGAAAUUCACGCGGGUUUCCAUAGUCAAUUGUGCAAGACGCGAAACAGUGCCGUGAUCGCUCAAAUUUUUCUGGACUGGAAAAAGAAGUUUCUCAUCUACGGUGAUUACUGCGCAAAUCUUACUACUGCACAGAAUACUUUACAGGAAACCUGUGCACGUAAUGAAGUGAUCAAUCAGGAAGUUAUCAGAUGCCAAAUAGAAGCUAACAAUAAUAAAUUCAAACUAUGUGAUAUAUUACCUGUACCGAUACAGCGACUGCUUAAGUACCAGUUAUUAUUGGAUAAAUUAAUCAAGGAGACUCCUUGUGAGUGGGUCGAGGAUUAUCAAGUAUUGAUGAAAGCACAGGAAGCGAUGAUCGACAUCAUUCAAUAUACAAAUGAAGUGAAAUGCGACUCUGAUACGUUAGACAUCAUCAAGGAUAUUCAAGCAUCGAUAAUGGCUUGGGAUGCGCCUGAAGAUAUGCAGUUGAAAAAUUUUGGCCGGUUACUUCGCGAUGGCGAGCUCAAGGUAAAACCUCAAGGCGAUUUGCGAAUAAAAACUCGUUAUGUAUUUGUAUUCGAACAGAUGAUGUUAAUCUGCAAGCCUGGUAAGGCGGACCAGUAUCGUUACCGGGAAACCCUGUGGUUAAACGAUUAUAAAUUGGAGUAUCAUACAAACAAAAUCAUACGACACUCAUUGAGCAAAAGUUCACGACGGCCCUACGAAUGGCUACUUGUACAUAAGCAGACAUGCACGAUGUACACGUUAUAUGCACGAACAGAGGAGCAGAAACAAAUAUGGAUAAAGACGUUACAAAAGGCAAUGGACAACAUCAACCCCGAAGCUUGUCGUAAUACUAAUCAUAAAUUUAAGUUUACAACAUUCGAUACUCCCAAUAGUUGUCUUCGGUGUGAUAAAUUCCUCAAAGGUCUGAUAUUGCAGGGCUACAAGUGUGAAAUGUGUCACUUAGCUGUACAUAAGCAUUGCAUUGCUGACGCAGGUCAUUGUAUGCCAAAGCCGCUGUCGCCGACAUCGUCGUCGCCGACAUUGUCGUCGCCGACAUUGUCGUCACCAACAUUGUCAUCACCGAUAUUGCCGUCGCCGACAUUACCGUUGCCGCCGCGACCUAAUGUAGCUAGGUAUUCCUAUCUGACGUGAUACCAUGUAUGCAGAUUUUAGCGUCCUGG